GUAACAAUGGCUGGGAACAUCCUUAUAGCUUCCGUAGUUCUGGCUAAACCCCACCUUCACAAACCAAUGUACUUCUUUCUGGCCAACUUAUCCCUUUUAGAGACUUGCUACACUUCAACAGUCCUUCCUAGGAUUUUGGCCAGCUUUAUAAAUGACUAUCAUGGGAUUUCUUUUAAUGGAUGUUUCAUUCAGUUUUAUUUCUUUGCUUUUUUGGCUGCAGCUGAGAGCUACCUCUUCUCUGUGAUGUCUUAUGACCGAUACGUGGCUAUAUGCAAACCACUCUAUUACGUAACCCUCAUGAAUACCAAGCUGUGUGUUCAACUGUUAAUCGCUUCAUGGAUGAUUGGCAUUGUAGCUAGUGCGUUCACAACAUUCUUUGCUUCCCAGCUGAACUACUGUGGCCCCAAUGAAAUCGACCAUUUCUUCUGUGAUUAUACACCGUUGUUAAUGCUCUCCUGCAGUGACACUCAGCAGACAGAAACAGUGAUGACUGUCUUGGGCUCCGCAUGCACACUGCCACCACUGUUGUUCACACUGGCCUCAUACGUAUGCAUCAUCAUCACCAUUUUGAGAAUUCCUUCCAACAGUGGCAGGGGCAAAGCCUUUUCUACUUGUUCCUCUCAUCUUAUUGUGGUCUCCCUUUUCUAUGGAACCCUCAUCAUUGUGUACAUAUUACCAAAGACCAAGGAACUGCGGGAUUUGAACAAAGUCUUCUCUGUUUUCUACACAAUCCUGACUCCCAUGAUCAAUCCCUUUAUAUAUACACUGAGAAACAGGGAGUUUAAAGAGGCUGUUAGAAAGACUAUGGCUAAACUUCUGUCUUCUAAUAGAAUUCAUGAAACCAAUAUUUUUUUUACACAGAAGCGGACCUUUAUAAAUAAAUCAAUUAGAAUGCCAGUAGUCCACCCACAGGAAAUAAAUAGGGACUCCUGGCAUCCUUAG